AUCAUGUUCCUUUGUGGAGCGGAGCUAAAUCUUCCUCCCUUUAAAUAAUUUGCAAUUAGAACACUCUUAGAAAUGAUUUCCCACCAAAUUGAGGCACUUUUCCAACGGUCUAAAACGACUCUUCAUCUUCUCCAACUUCAUUCUCUAAUAAUCAAAAUAGCUCUUGAUCACGACGAAUAUCGUCUUUCCCAGUUCAUAUCCUUCUCAUCUUCAAUAUCUCUCCAAUUCUGUCGCACAAUCUUCGAUAGUUCUCCAAUUACUCCACCAAUCUUCGCUUGGAACACACUGAUGAGAGAAUAUUCAAAAAGCUCCACGAAAAUUGAGUCCGUGAAGCUCUUUAAUCAGCUUCAAAGAACGGAAUUAAAGCCAGAUAAAUUCACAUUACCUAUUGUGCUAAAAUCUUGUGGGCAUUGUUUGAUGAUUGGAACUGGUGGGUCGUUGCAUUCAAUGGCUUUCAAGUCCGGUUUCAGUUCGGACAUACAUGUGAGCAAUACCCUAAUGAGAAUGUAUGCAGUAUUUGGUGCGAUCGGGUAUGCUCGGCGACUGUUUGAUGAAAUGCUUGAGAGGGAUAUAGUUUCUUGGAGUUCUAUGAUAGCCGCUUAUGUUCAUUGUAACCUGCCUUCAGAUGCUCUGCUCCUGUUUCAAAGCAUGAAGCUAGCAAAUGAACAGCCAAAUUCCAUCACUUUGGUCAGCUUGCUUGGAGCAUGUACUCAUGUCCUGAAUAUCAGAUUAGGUAGAUGUAUUCACUCACACAUUGUCACCAGUGGUAUUGAACUACAUGUUGAACUGGAAACAGCCCUCCUGGGAAUGUAUGCAAAAUGCGGGCAUAUAGAGCAGGCUUUCCACAUCUUCAAUUCAAUGGCUGAUAAAAAUCUGCAGACCUGGACCAUCAUGAUUUCUGGCCUUGCCGAUAAUGGUCAUGGAGAAGAAGCUGUAUCCUUGUUUACCAGCAUGGAAGAAGCUGGCUUUAGACCGGACAGCUUGUCAUUUUCUGUGAUUCUAUGUGCUUGUAGUCAUAAAGGACUUGUUGAUGUGGGUCGUAGAUAUUUUCAUAAAAUGGUAAGUAUUUAUAACAUCAGGCCAACUAUGGAACACUAUGGAUGCAUGGUGGACAUGUUUGGACGUGCUGGAGAAUUAGAAGAAGCUUAUGAUCUUAUAAAGAGCAUGCCUAUAGAGCCCAAUUCUGUGAUACUGAGGAGUUUCAUUAGUGCUUGUAAGCAUCAUGGUAUUCCUUGUGCAAACGAAAAUAUAAGAGAUAUUCUGCUCAAAGUAGAGCCUGAACUCGGAUCAAACUAUGUACUUGCUUCCAGUUUGUCUUUUCUUUUUAAUUGCAAUGAUGCCAACAGCCUAAGAUCGGCGAUGAAAGAGAAAGGAGUAAAGAAACUUCCUGGUAGUAGUUGGGUGCAGCCGCUUGGUGGUUCUUCAGAGGACAGCAUUUGAAGGAUCUGGCGACGGUGUUCUGGUUUAUGCCAAUAAAAGAGGAGUGAUUCAGAACCGAGUCACUGCUACAUUCGAGUAAAAAGAAUGAGCUACGGUGGAGGAAAAUGAGUUCUUUCUUUUUUGAUGAUGCCAUCAGGCUGAUUUACAACUUUAGAGGAGCUAGUGCUUUGACCAUUGGGAAGAGAGUUAUGCUGGUAUUCUGGUAAUAUAACAUUUUUGCAUAAUUGAAAACCACUGAAAAGGAUGUCAUGGGAGAUAAUUUUUGAGAGGAACUCCACAUAAUUGGUAAAGUUGAAAGAGGACAAGUCGUGAUCUGGACUAAUUAUGAAAUGGGAGUCCUGGAAGGAAAGAGGCUGUUUAUGCCAGUUCAGAGACACAAGUUGUCGUCUUCCUCGAAUUACAUAAUGGCAAUCAACUAUACCUCAAUCCCAACCUAGUUGUGAUUGGUUGUGAGUCUCCUAUAUUCAUUCUAUCCUAUUCGAGCCCAAGCUUUUCGAUACUGGUAAAUAAUUUCUUGCCUCUUUAAACUACUGUCUUCUCAAAAAGGUGGUGAAGAUGCUAUAUUAGAAUGCUAUUCAGAAAUGAGUUUAACCUAAAUGACACCUUUGCAUGGGAUGAAACUCUGGUUAAAAACUUUGAGGUGUUGCUGUGUCUUGGGCUGACAACACGGGAAACAAAUUGAAAAAGCUUUUUGAGUGUCAAGAGUCAUGCAAGCUUAAACUUUCUAAUGUAUGUCAUCACUUUGGGCAAGCCGAUUGUCACUGAACUUUAAAACUUUCAUGUCAUGCUGGGACUACGUCCUCUCCUAGAACCUCUGAAAUGAAGGACAAUCAAGGAGUGAACAUGUCAUUAAAGGCGGAUUCAGAAUUUAAACCUAAUCGGUUUAACCUUGCACUGAA